CUCUUCUUGGUUUCGAAUUCUUAUUUAAGACGUCUGACAUAACACAUCUCAUUUUUGUAAUGGCAAUGGAAGGAAAACUCGAAUUUACGAAGCAAAUGCGAAAAGCAACCAGGGAGAUCCAUGAUAUUAGUGAUGCCCUAGUUAAUGCAAAACUUGGAAUAGCAAUGAGUGACAACUCAAUUUGGGCUGAGGGGCUAUUGUGCUUUUAUGAAAUUUUCAAGUUCCUUGAACAAGCCUUAGAUCGUCUCAGCCAUACACUGCUCAGUGAAUUGGAUAUAAAAGGGAUGAGAAGAACCAAAGCAUUUGAAGAAGACCUGUGUUUCUAUUAUGGAGCACAAUGGCUUGAAAACAUCUAUCAGCCAAAUGGCGCAGUCACUGCCUAUAUUGACUAUCUAACCUGCCUAGAAAGAGAUAACCCUUACAUGUUAGCUGCCUACAUUUAUCACUUGUUUAUGGGCCUUUUUUCCGGCGGACAAAUCCUGCGCAAGAAGCGAUCUCUAGAAGCUAGUUUAAAAUUCCAAUCAACCAGUGCCAAUAACCAUCAGCAACCAGGUGAAUCCGUCACAGAUUUUGGGGAUAUUCCGAUUUUCAAACUGAAGAAACAAAUGGUUGACGCCAUGGAACUUAUUGCGGCUCAACUCGGAGAAGAAGACAAGUGGAAAUUGAUUGAAGAAAGUAAGACCGUUUUUAGAAUGAAUAACAAGAUAAUAAGGACCAUCAGCACAAAUCGUAUAGUUUUAAAGAAGUUCUGCAACUUUGCUUUAAUAGUUGUUCCUACAGUUGCGGCCAUCUAUUUUGGCUACAAGAUGAUUAGCAAUAUUGGUAACAGUUAGUCAAUCUUUUAAUAAAUUCAUGGUCAUGGCUUAAAAGUUCCUUGGCCAAAACUAUGUCAAUUUUAACGGAUCUUAAACAAGAAACUGUGAUAGUCGAUGAGCUACAAAUACAGUCAGUAUAUAACUUUA